AGGAGCCAGAGCAUCUGAAGCUCUGGCCAAUGGGAAAGCACAUGGGCUUCAGGCUGAUGCGCCAUUUUACUGCGUCCAGCGCCAUCCGGCAAGAUGGUCCUGCUGCUUUGUCUCCUGUAACUGGAGCUUUAUCAGAGGCUCCCUUUGCUUCCGCGACAUCGGAAACACAGACAACUUUUCUUUACACCACAAGAUCAGUAUCUGCACCCUCAGAAAUGUGUGUCGUAAACUGGGUAAAAUGAAUGAGGAUCUGGGUCCAAUGGCUGAAACAGAAGAGCAGCCUUGUAGUUCAGAAACUAUGAAGCCUUCCUCUUCUCGUCAUAAGAGAAAAUCCACCACAAUGACCAAGCAAAACAAGUCUGAUGCCUCUGAGCAAAGUGGAAACGAAGGUGCCACAUCUGACAAUCCCUCAGAAAAGAAUAAAUCAAACUCAAAAGUAAUGAAGCCUACUGGAAAUGAGAAUAAAGCAGCCAUGAAGCCUAGGGUGGAUUUCAAACAAAAGCAAAAGGAUGAUGCCCUCUCAAAAAAGGUCAGCUGCACAGGCUGUGGGAAGCAAGUUAAUCAGUUUCAGUCAAAUUCUGUGUACGAGCACCCUGUGCUCAAAGUGCUUGUUUGUAAGGCCUGUUACUAUUAUUACACAAGUGAUGACAUCAGCAAGGACUCAGAUGGGAUGGACGAGCAAUGCAGGUGGUGUGCUGAGGGAGGAAAGCUCAUCUGUUGUGACUACUGUAGUAAUGCUUUCUGUAAGAAAUGCAUCCUGCGGAACCUGGGCCGAAAAGAGCUGUCGGUUAUCACAGAUGAAAACUCCAAGUGGCAUUGCUACGUUUGCAGGGCGGAACCUCUCCAAGAUCUGGUCUGUGAAUGCCAUAGUGUGAUGGAACAGAUUAAGACCCAUGGCAAACAAAAGAAGACUGAAAAAAAUGAAGAGCCUGGGAAAAUGAAAGACAAAAAGAAACCAAUAAAGGAACAAAAAGCAGUUGUUAAUGGAAAAGAACAGCCUGAAACCUCAGGGACUAUGACUUUUACCUAUAAAAAACUACAAGUUCCCAAAGAGCUCAUAAAGAAAACUAAAAAACUUGUUGAAACUACUACUGGUCUAAACAAUACUUUUAUUCAGUUCAUACAGCAGACAGCAGAAGAAGAGACUGAUAGCUCCAUUAGAUAUCGGCAUUUGAAGGCUUUCAAAUCAGUACUUGCAGAUUUGAAAAAGGCCCACAGUGCAUUGGAGGCUGCCCUAGAGCCAGAGUUUAAAAACAUGGAGUUACUAAAUGGCCUGCCCAGUGCAACAAAAACCACAAGUGAAGUGGGCGUCGUGAAAAAUGAUGUGGAUGUUGACCAUUCCUCUGACGUUUCAGAUGGGAACACUGCUAUUGAGCAGCCAGUAGAGGAAAACUACCAUGAAUCUGCUGCUGAGGAGAUAGCAGAGUGUAACAGUCAAGUAUCAUCCUCUAUAGACGAGAUGGAGGAGGACAAAGCACAGGAAAAUCCCAGCACCGACGAUGCAAACAUUCAAACACCAGUUCAAGCGACUAAGGAAAUGGUGGCGGUUGAAGAGUCUCAAAUAAAGAAUGAGCCUGAUGCAGUGGAAGUGGAUUCCAAAAUGAAUCAAACCUGUCCAGAAGUAAAAAUAAAGACUGAGAUUUGCGAUGAAGAAGACGCUGGUGAGAUGUCACUAGAUCAAGAUAUUUUGGCUGUUCCUCCUUCAGUUCCAGAAGAACUUUUUCAGAUGGUUGAAAGUCUUGCAGAUUCUGUUAAACUUGACCAGAGUGACACUUCAGUCACAGAAGAAGACGGAAAGUCAAAUGGUAAUCCAGCAGAUUCUAAACGUUCACAGCCCAAAAUCAAGAAUCUGAUCGUCAAGCUAACUCCGGUUCCGAUUGUAACGACCCGCGAGUCCCGGUCUAAAAACAAAGUGAAACAGGAGGCACAAGUGAAGAGUAAGAAAGAAGGCGACACAAGUCCACAGCGCAACCGCCAGUCAAGCCGGAUCAAGACUACUCCCUUAAGGAAGCAGGCAGAGACCAAGAACAAAGAAGAGACAUCGGAUUCAGAGUCUGAGAAAAACUCAAAGAAAAAAGCCACGUCAAGUAAAUCAGUGGAUGACAAAACGUGUGAUGAAGAUGAAGAUGAAGGCGAAGGUGAAGAUGUGAAGCAGGAGCCUAAGACUCUGGACUCAGACUCUGAUGAAGUUCCAAAUGCUCUAAUUGAAAAAGUGGUUGAUGCCAACAGCUCAGUUGAUGAAGAGAAAGGCAGUUGUGCUAAGAAACGUUUAUUUAAACUAAACAAUACAUCCCCUUCUUCAAAACGAAAGAGGAAGUCUGAAAGCUCAGAUUCAGACAAUAAAGAGAAUAAAACCAAAACAAGGCAAAAGAAGAAAAAACAAAAUGGUUCAGACUCGACUGAUUCAGAAGAUGAGGACAUUGACAAAUCAAAGCGGAGAUCCACCCGAGUAAAGAAACGGGAGAAAGAUGAUGAGAAAAGCUCUCCAGAAAAGAAGCCAGGGGAUCGUAAAAGGUCCUACGAAAAGAAACGCACAGGUAAGAGUCCCAAAGCGGCCUCUAAACUGCAGUCUUCAUCAAGUGAUGAGGAGGAAGAGCAGCAGGCUGACGAGGACGCUGCCGAGGACAGCGACGAUCAGAAGAUUAAACCUAUUGUGGAGAAUAUUAUGGGUGAAAGUGCACACUUUCAUCAGUCUUCAGGAGAAGAGCUUGAGGAGAAAACGGACUCUCAGCCAUUAGAAGAUGAUUUUGAUGAUGACCCAGAAAACAGAAUUGCAAAGAAGAUGCUUCUAGCUAAAAUUAAAUCCAACUAUUCAUCUGGUGCUGAAAGCUCCUCUGACGAUGAAGGACUGGAAAAAGAAGAAACUUCCAAAAAAGUCAAAAAAGAAGAAAAAGAAGAAAAAAACAAAGAAACAACAUCAGACUCAAGUGAUUCAGAAAACUCAGGAUCUGAUGUAGAUGUGAAGAAAGGUGCCCGACGUCACAAACUUCUCCGUCACAAGUUGUCCCUAAGCGAGGGUGAAUCUGGGGACGAGGGCGAAGACGCUGACAAGGACAAGUCUAAAGAGAAGAAAAAGAAGGCGAAGAAGACUGUGGACAGUGAUAACUCAGAAGAUUCAGAUUUUGAGAAGCCGGAGUCCAGUGCACGAAGUUCAGGUUCAGAAGCACUGAGUGAGGCGGUGAGCGAUUCAGAGAAAGAGGAAAAGAAAAGAAAGACUAGAGCUUCAAAAAAGAAGGACGAUGAGAAACAGCGGAGUAACAAGCAGAAGAAGAAGCGCCGUCGAAUCAAAGUUCAGGAUUCUUCUUCCAGUAAUGAAAAGAGCGGAGAUGAGGAUGGGGAUGAGGAGGGUGAAGAUGGUGAAGAUGGUGAAGAGGGACGCAAAGGACGCAAGAAGAUCCGAAAAAUCUUGAAGGACGACAAACUGCGAACGGAGACACGGGACGCUCUGAAGGAGGAGGAGGACAGGAGGAAGAGGAUCGCAGAGAGGGAAGCACUCAGGAAGAGACUCAGAGAGGUGAUUGAAGUAGAGGAGUCGUCCCAGGUCACAUGCCCCAUUACGACUAAACUUGUCCUGGAUGAGGAUGAGGAGACCAAGGAGCCUCUGGUGCAGGUCCACAGAAACCUUGUGACGAAGCUCAAGCCUCACCAGGUCGAUGGGGUCCAGUUUAUGUGGGAUUGCUGCUGUGAGUCUGUGAAAAAGGUUAAGAAAUCUGCUGGUUCAGGUUGCAUCCUCGCUCACUGUAUGGGUCUGGGGAAAACCCUACAGGUGGUGACGUUUCUCCAUACUCUGCUGCUCUGUGAAAAACUUGAGUUCUCCACAGCCUUGGUGGUUUGUCCUCUGAACACUGUCCUGAACUGGCUUAACGAGUUUGAGAAGUGGCAAGAAGGUUUUAAGGAUGAUGAGACACUGGAGGUCACAGAGUUGGCCACAGUAAAAAGGCCACAGGAGCGAGCUUUUGCGCUGCAGCAAUGGCAAGAAUCUGGCGGGAUCAUGAUUAUGGGCUACGAGAUGUAUCGAAACCUCACCCAGGGCAGGAACAUCAAAAGCAAGAAACUCAAAGAGACCUUUCAGAAGACACUUGUAGAUCCAGGCCCAGACUUGGUGAUUUGCGAUGAAGGUCAUAUUCUUAAAAAUGAAGCCUCUGCUGUUUCCAAGGCCAUGAACUCUAUCAAGACGAGGAGGAGAGUGGUCCUCACAGGAACGCCGCUGCAAAACAACCUGAUUGAAUACCACUGCAUGGUUAACUUCAUCAAAGAAAACCUGCUCGGUUCAGUAAAGGAGUUCAGGAAUCGCUUCAUUAACCCGAUCCAGAACGGGCAGUGCGCUGACUCCACCAUGCACGAUGUCCGCAUCAUGAAGAAGAGGGCACACAUUCUGUACGAGAUGUUGGCGGGUUGUGUUCAGAGAAAGGAUUACUCUGCACUUACAAAGUUUCUGCCUCCAAAGCACGAGUACGUGCUCUCAGUGCGGAUGACUCCCAUCCAGUGCCGCCUGUACAGAUAUUACCUGGAGCACUUCACAGGUGUGGGGAAUGCGCAGGAAGGAGGCCGAGGCCGUGCUGGGACCAAACUCUUCCAUGAUUUCCAGAUGCUCAGUAGAAUCUGGACCCAUCCGUGGUGCCUUCAGCUGGACUACAUCAGUAAAGAAAACAGGGGCUUCUUCGAUGAGGACAGUAUGGAAGAGUUUAUCGCCUCAGAGACUGAAGAGUCGUCCAUGAGCCUCAGCUCUGGGGAUGAAAGGAAAAAGAGAAAGAAGAAAAGCAAGAAAAAAGUUUCUGACGAGUCUGACAGUGACGAUAUGGAAGUGAUCAAAGAAUGGAACACGAGCUCCCGAGGACGAAACGGAGAAGGAGGAGAAGGACGCAGCCGCCCGGAGCCUGAGGAGGAACCUGCUCGGCCGUCUGGCUCACAUCCCGGGAGUCCCACUGCUGACUGGCACCGAGACUUUGUCACUGAAGCGGAUUCUGAAGUCCUAGAGCAUUCUGGGAAAAUGGUGCUGCUUUUUGAGAUUCUCCGGAUGGCAGAGGAGUUGGACGAGAAAGUGCUGGUGUUCAGUCAGUCUCUCAUUUCUCUGGACUUGAUAGAGGACUUCUUGAAACUGGCUUGUAGUGAUGGUGAUGAUGACGAUGAAAAACCUUCUCCAUACAAAGGUGAAGGGAAGUGGUACAGAAACAUUGACUACUAUCGCCUGGACGGCUCGACCAACGCAACCACCAGAAAGAAGUGGGCUGAAGAAUUCAAUGACACCAGUAACACGAGAGGCCGGUUGUUCCUCAUCUCCACUCGAGCCGGCUCACUGGGCAUUAACCUUGUAGCUGCGAACAGGGUCAUAAUCUUUGACGCUUCUUGGAAUCCUUCCUACGACAUCCAGAGUAUUUUCAGAGUGUACCGCUUUGGACAAAUUAGGACCGUUUUUGUGUACAGGUUUUUGGCCCAGGGAACAAUGGAAGAGAAGAUUUACGAGCGGCAGGUAACUAAGCAGUCUUUGUCAUUCCGAGUUGUGGACCAGCAACAAAUAGAGAGGCACUUUACCAUGAACGAGCUGGCAGAGCUCUACACCUUUGAACCAGACCAGCUGGACGACCCCUCAGAGAAGAAGAAGAAGAGGGACACGCCAAUGCUUCCUAAGGACGCUGUAUUGGCCGAGAUGCUCCAGAACAGCAAGGACCAGAUAGUGGGAUACCACGAGCACGACUCUCUGCUGGACCAUAAGGAGGAGGAGGCCCUGAGCGAGGAGGACCGCAAAGCCGCCUGGGCAGAGUACGAAGCCGAGAAGAAGGGCAUGUCUAUGAUGAGGAACACCCCCACAGUCUACCCCCAAAUGGGCAUGGCUCCGGGCGCACAGUCCUACGUCAACUUCAACAUGGCGGCGUUAUCCUCGAUGUCCAACCAGCAGCUGGAGGACCUGAUAAACCAGGGUCGUGCAAAGGUCAUAGAAGCCACGAAUUCCCUGAACUCUUUAAACCCGGAGACACUGGAGGACACGAUUGCCAGAGUGUGGAAAGAAAACCCUGCACUGACCGAGAGCCAGGUCCACGCCGUCGCCCUGAACCGACAGGCCAACGUGGAGAUGGAGAUCAAACGGCGCGAGGCCGUUUACCGAGACAUCCUGGCCCGGCAGCAGGGGCUAAUGGGCUUUGUGCAGAAGCUAAUGAACAACAGAAAGGUGCAGCAGCAGCAGCUGGCCCUGGCCAACCAGCAGUACCAGCUGGCCCUGGGAGCGUCUGGGAUGAGCCAGAUGGAUCUGUUGGGACUCUACCAGCACCUCCACGGUUUAGGUUCUCAUCAGGCCAUGGGCAAAAGCCCGGGGCCCUCCAAAGGCUUGUAGGUCAGACGGGACGCUGUCGCUCUGCUCUCUGGUCCCAAAGGCUUCUUCUGCCAAGGCCCUGUUCUCAUAAACGCCAACUAUGAGACACUUAAGAACUCGCGCAGCCCGGUUCUCGGUGUGUAGUGGUGUAGUUUUGGGACUGCUGUACAGUGAGAGCCAGAAAUGGGAUCAACUCUCAGUUCAUAAUUUCGUAGUUCACUGAAAAGAUGGAUUGUGUUGUAUAAAUGUGUGUUCUAUUAUGGACAUUAAAUUUGUUUUUAUUUCUUUCUUAAAAACAUGUAAAGGUUAUAAAAUCUUUUCUAUAUAAUUUUGAGUGUUUACUUGGUCGCUGAAUGUGGUAAAGCUUGUGUUGUUCAAACCUCCGUGCCGGUUCCUGACCCUUUGGUUCACUUUGUCAUGUGUUCUUUAGCAUAGCACCGUCCUCUUUACUGUCCCACUUCCUCUUGGGUUGAACUAGAGGCAGCGUGUGAAGGACUGGCUCUCUGAAAGCACAACCCCUUCAGCCCGAGUACAUCCGAGUACAUCCGAGUACAUCCGAGUACAUCCGAGUACAUCCGAGUACAUCCGGGUGUAUACGUGGGUACAUCUGGGUACUUCACUGUCAGUUUGACGGCUGUGGAUCUAUGGUCUGGGUGCCGUUCGGUUUGUGUUCUAGUCCUGGUGUUUUUAGUCGCACCAGGAGUCGUCCAGACCUCAUUUUGCCACUUUCUCGCUUUUUAAAUGUUCAGACUGGUGUAGCUCUUAACACACAGAACUGUUGCUAUAGUAUUUCAUAAUGUAUAUUACGCCUUUGAAGAAUGUUUUUAUGUUCGACAUGAUUUGCCAUGAUCUCCUAUUAUCUUGAUAAGUAUUUAAUAUUACAUUUAAUAAAGUGACCAAACAGUG